UAUGUGAGUCCGCGUCCAGCUCUUGCCAACAUGAAUGCCAAUGCAGCAACAGGGCUGGCACCUGAGCAUAUCCCUACUCCGGGUGCAGCCCUCUCCUGGCAGGCUGCUAUCGAUGCUGCCAGGCAGGCGAAGUUGAUGGGUACUGCUGGCAACGCAACCAUAUCCACCGUUAGCUCCACACAGAGGAAACGGCAACAGUAUGGGAAACAGAAAAAACAGGGUACCACGACCGCUACACGUCCUCCCCGGGCACUGCUGUGUUUAACAUUGAAAAAUCCCAUCCGGAGGGCAUGUAUCAGUAUUGUUGAAUGGAAAUAUCCUUUUCUGGUACCAUUUGAAAUUAUUAUUUUACUGACUAUUUUUGCCAAUUGUGUGGCCUUAGCUAUCUAUAUCCCCUUUCCAGAAGACGAUUCCAAUGCCACCAAUUCCAAUCUGGAACGGGUGGAAUAUCUCUUUCUCAUAAUUUUUACAGUGGAAGCAUUUUUAAAAGUAAUAGCAUAUGGACUUCUCUUUCAUCCUAAUGCUUACCUCCGGAAUGGCUGGAAUUUACUAGAUUUUAUAAUUGUGGUAGUAGGGCUUUUUAGUGCAAUUUUAGAACAAGCAACCAAAGCAGAUGGGGUAAAUUCACUGGGAGGUAAAGGCGCUGGAUUUGAUGUUAAAGCACUUAGAGCUUUCCGCGUACUGCGCCCUUUACGGCUGGUAUCUGGAGUUCCUAGCCUUCAGGUGGUGUUAAAUUCCAUUAUCAAGGCCAUGGUCCCGUUGCUGCACAUUGCCCUGCUGGUGCUGUUUGUCAUAAUUAUCUAUGCCAUCAUUGGGUUGGAGCUCUUCAUGGGAAAGAUGCACAAAACAUGCUACUUAACAGGGAUUGCCACAGAUACACCUGCAGAAGAAGAGCCUGCUCCCUGUGCUCCAGUAUCUCAACAUGGACGGCAGUGUCAGAAUGGCACUGACUGUAGGGCCAUAUGGGAGGGACCCAAACAUGGCAUUACCAACUUUGACAACUUUGCCUUUGCCAUGUUAACUGUGUUUCAAUGCAUCACCAUGGAGGGCUGGACAGAUGUACUCUAUUGGAUGCAGGACGCUAUGGGCUAUGAGUUACCCUGGGUGUACUUUGUCAGUCUGGUCAUCUUUGGAUCCUUUUUCGUUCUUAAUCUGGUUCUUGGUGUGUUGAGCGGGGAGUUUUCUAAAGAGAGAGAAAAAGCAAAAGCUCGGGGUGACUUUCAGAAGCUAAGAGAGAAACAACAACUGGAGGAGGACCUAAAGGGAUAUCUAGACUGGAUAACUCAGGCAGAAGAUAUAGAUCCAGAAAAUGAAGACGAAGGCAUGGAUGAAGAGAAGCCCCGAAACAUGAGCAUGCCUACCAGUGAGACAGAAUCUGUGAACACCGACAAUGUGGCUGGAGGCGAUAUUGAAGGAGAAAACUGCGGCGCACGACUGGCGCACCGGAUUUCUAAAUCUAAGUUUAGCCGCUACUGGCGCAGAUGGAAUCGAUUCUGUAGACGGAAAUGUCGAGCUGCUGUCAAAUCCAAUGUGUUCUAUUGGCUUGUGAUCUUCCUGGUGUUUCUCAACACACUUGCCAUUGCCUCUGAGCAUUACAACCAACCAGACUGGCUCACUGAAGUCCAAGACACUGCGAAUAAGGUAUUGCUGGCUCUGUUCACGGCUGAGAUGCUGCUGAAGAUGUACAGCUUGGGUCUUCAGGCUUAUUUUGUGUCCCUCUUCAACCGCUUUGAUUGUUUCAUCGUGUGUGGUGGAAUCCUGGAAACCAUUUUAGUGGAAACAAAAAUCAUGUCCCCACUUGGCAUCUCCGUGCUGAGAUGUGUACGACUUCUGAGAAUCUUUAAAAUCACAAGGUACUGGAAUUCCUUGAGUAAUUUGGUGGCUUCCUUGCUCAACUCAGUGCGCUCCAUUGCCUCCCUGCUGCUGCUCCUCUUCCUCUUCAUCAUCAUCUUCUCCCUCCUAGGGAUGCAGCUCUUUGGGGGCAAGUUUAACUUUGAUGAGAUGCAGACCAGGAGAAGCACCUUUGACAACUUUCCACAGUCAUUGCUCACUGUGUUUCAGAUCCUGACUGGGGAGGACUGGAAUUCGGUGAUGUAUGAUGGAAUCAUGGCUUAUGGCGGCCCCUCUUUUCCAGGAAUGUUGGUCUGUAUUUACUUCAUCAUCCUCUUCAUCUGUGGAAACUAUAUCCUGCUGAAUGUCUUCUUGGCCAUUGCUGUCGACAAUCUUGCUGAUGCCGAAAGCUUGACAUCUGCUCAAAAGGAGGAGGAAGAGGAAAAAGAAAGGAAAAAACUAGCAAGGACUGCCAGUCCUGAGAAGAAACAGGAGCCCGAGAAACCAGCCGUGGAGGGAGAGACAAAGGAGGAAAAAAUCGAGCUGAAAUCAAUUACCGCUGAUGGAGAAUCUCCAGCUUCUAAUAAGAGCAACACAGAUGAAUAUCAGCCGAAUGAAAAUGAAGAGAAAAAUCCCUAUCCUACUGCAGAGACACCAGGAGAGGAGGACGAAGAAGAACAACCGGAGAUGCCCGUUGGACCUCGUCCUCGCCCUAUGUCUGAACUGCAUCUUAAGGAGAAAGCAGUGCCAAUGCCAGAAGCCACCGCUUUUUUCGUUUUCAGUCCCAGCAACAAAUUUCGGCUCCACUGCCAUCGCAUCGUUAAUAACAACAUUUUCACCAACCUGAUCCUUUUUUUCAUCUUGCUCAGCAGCAUCUCUCUGGCAGCUGAGGACCCAGUUCGGCACUACUCAGUUAGAAAUCAAAUCCUAGGCAAUGCAGAUUAUGUCUUCACUAGUAUCUUUACAUUAGAAAUUAUUCUUAAGAUGACUGCUUAUGGGGCUUUCCUUCACAAAGGCUCCUUCUGCAGGAACUACUUCAACAUCCUGGACCUGCUGGUGGUUAGCGUUUCUCUCAUCUCCUUCGGGAUCCAGUCCAGCGCAAUCAAUGUAGUGAAGAUAUUACGUGUUUUGAGAGUCCUCAGACCACUGCGGGCAAUCAACAGAGCGAAGGGUUUAAAGCACGUGGUUCAAUGUGUAUUUGUAGCUAUACGAACCAUAGGGAAUAUCGUGAUCGUGACCACCUUGUUGCAGUUCAUGUUUGCCUGCAUUGGGGUUCAGUUGUUCAAGGGCAAACUGUACAGCUGCACUGAUAGCUCCAAGCAAACAGAAGCAGAAUGCAAGGGCAAUUUUAUCACUUACAAGGAAGGAGAAGUGUCUCAACCAAUCAUCCAGGCCCGAAGCUGGGAGAAUAGCAAAUUUGAUUUUGACAAUGUCCUAACAGCUAUGAUGGCCCUUUUCACUGUUUCAACCUUUGAAGGCUGGCCAGAACUGCUGUAUCGAUCUAUCGAUUCCCAUAUGGAAGAUGUGGGGCCCAUCUAUAACCACAGGGUGGAGAUCUCAAUUUUCUUCAUUAUUUAUAUCAUCAUCAUUGCUUUCUUCAUGAUGAACAUCUUUGUUGGUUUCGUGAUCGUCACAUUUCAAGAGCAAGGAGAACAGGAAUAUAAGAACUGUGAGCUUGACAAGAACCAGCGUCAAUGUGUAGAAUACGCCCUGAAGGCCCGGCCCCUGCGAAGAUAUAUCCCCAAAAACCAGUACCAAUAUAAAGUCUGGUACGUGGUGAACUCCACCUAUUUUGAAUACCUGAUGUUCGUCCUCAUCUUGCUGAACACCAUCUGCCUGGCCAUGCAGCACUAUGGUCAAAGUAUUCUCUUCAAACAAGCAAUGAACAUCCUCAACAUGCUGUUCACUGGCCUUUUCACCGUUGAGAUGGUUCUGAAGUUAAUUGCCUUCAAACCCAAGCACUAUUUCUGUGAUGCAUGGAAUACAUUUGACGCCUUGAUUGUUGUGGGUAGCAUUGUUGAUAUAGCAAUCACCGAGGUGACCGAACACUUUGAAUGUGAAAGAAGUUUAUCCUUAGAGGACAACUCUCGCAUCUCAAUCACCUUUUUCCGACUCUUCCGUGUGAUGCGUCUGGUGAAGCUCUUGAGUCGAGGGGAGGGCAUCCGCACGCUGCUCUGGACGUUCAUCAAGUCUUUCCAGGCUCUCCCCUACGUGGCUCUAUUAAUAGUGAUGCUGUUUUUUAUCUAUGCCGUGAUUGGGAUGCAGGUGUUUGGUAAAAUUGCACUAAAUGAUACUACAGAAAUCAAUCGGAACAACAACUUUCAAACAUUUCCUCAGGCUGUGCUCCUGCUUUUCAGAUGUGCUACUGGCGAAGCUUGGCAGGAAAUCAUGCUGGCAUGCCUACCUGAUAAGAAGUGUGACCCUGACUCUGUGGAACCAAACAGUACUACUGAAGGUGAACAUCCCUGCGGGAGCAGCUUUGCUGUAUUUUAUUUCAUCAGUUUCUACAUGCUUUGUGCCUUUCUAAUCAUUAACCUUUUUGUUGCCGUUAUCAUGGAUAAUUUUGAUUACCUAACCCGUGAUUGGUCCAUUCUGGGUCCCCAUCAUCUGGAUGAGUUUAAACGGAUUUGGGCAGAGUAUGAUCCUGAAGCCAAAGGACGUAUCAAACAUCUAGAUGUUGUAACACUCCUGCGUCGGAUACAACCUCCUCUGGGUUUUGGAAAGCUCUGUCCUCACAGGGUAGCUUGCAAGCGUCUUGUCUCUAUGAAUAUGCCAUUAAAUAGUGAUGGAACUGUUAUGUUUAAUGCAACCUUAUUUGCACUAGUAAGAACAGCACUGAGAAUCAAAACAGAAGGUAAUUUGGAACAAGCCAACGAGGAGUUGCGUGCAAUCAUUAAGAAAAUCUGGAAACGCACUAGCAUGAAGUUGUUGGAUCAGAUUGUACCCCCAGCAGGGGAUGAUGAAGUUACAGUUGGAAAAUUCUAUGCCACAUUCCUGAUUCAAGAGUAUUUCCGGAAAUUCAAAAAACGCAAAGAACAGGGUCUCGUGGGCAAACCUUCACAACGUAAUGCUCUUUCUCUACAGGCUGGUCUGCGCACAUUACAUGACAUUGGACCAGAGAUUCGAAGGGCAAUAUCUGGAGACUUAACAGCAGAAGAGGAAUUAGACAAGGCCAUGAAAGAAGCUGUUUCUGCUGCUUCUGAAGAUGAUAUUUUCAGGAGAGCUGGUGGCUUGUUUGGAAAUCAUGUCAGCUAUUACCAAAGUGAUGGCAGGAGCUCAUUCCCUCAGACAUUCACUACUCAGCGCCCUUUGCACAUCAACAAAUCUAGCAACAACCAAGGAGACACUGAAUCCCCAUCCCAUGAGAAGCUUGUCGAUUCCACCUUCACGCCAAGUAGUUACUCCUCAUCAGGUUCCAAUGCUAACAUCAAUAAUGCCAACAAUACUGCCUUGAGACGCUUUUCUAAUCCACCAAGCUAUUCCAGCACCGUCAGCACCGUGGAUAGCUACAGCACCCCUUCCUCCGCCACUGUACGGAUCCAGGAAGUUCCUUGGAAGUUCCGUUGCAGAAGAUCCUAUUCCAGAGACAGCCAAGUAGCAAUUGUUAGUGAAGAGGAAGCUCCUCAGGAGGAAGAAACAUAUAGUGAGCAAUUAAAUGAAGAAACUGAAUAUUGUAGUGAACCAAAUUUGUUAUCACCUGAAAUGUUAUCAUACCAAGAUGAUGAACACAGACAGCUAACUCUCCCAGAAAGCAAAGAAGAUAUCCAGCCAUCUCCAAAGAUUGGAUUUCUACAUUCCUCAUCACUAAGUCGAAGAGCAUCCUUUCAUCUGGAGUGUCUAAAGAGACAGAAAAAUCAGACUGCAGGUGUCCCCCAAAAAACAAUAUUACCUUUGCAUCUAGUACAUCGCCAGGCACUAGCAGUUGCAAGUCGGAGUCCUCUUCAAAGUAGUCAUUCAUCAAUUAGAUCUUCUCGACCCUGUUCCACAUCCUCUGCAACACAUUGUACGCAAGACUGGCCACAGCAACAUGAUAAAGGAUUGUGGCUUGAUGAGGAGGAAUCCAAUGAGAAACUCAAUAAUAGUUUCCCAUCAUUAUACUGCAGUUCCUCAUAUUGUGAUAGCACCAGCUCUAGCAUCACCCGAAAAGCCAGGCCAGUCUCCCUUAUAAUCCCCAGUCAGACAAGAGAGUGUGGCAGGCAAUUCCAUGGUAGUGCCAACAGCCUUGUUGAAGCGGUCUUGAUUUCGGAAGGACUGAUGCAGUUUGCUCAAGAUCCAAAGUUCAUUGAGGUUACCACCCAAGAACUAGCUGAUGCCUGUGACUUGACAAUAGAAGAGAUGGAGAAUGCUGCAGACAACAUUCUCAAUGGUAACAGCAAACCAAGCCCCAAUGGCAACCUCUUGCCUUUUGUUAACUGCAGGGACCCAGGGCAGGACUGUAUGGGCAAAGAAGCAGAAGCAGCCCAAAACCCAGAUUCUAGGAAAAGUCAAGAGGAAUCUAAGGAUACCAGGAUUUAUAUCAGCAGCCUGUAGUUGCUGAAGCUGAAAGUGAUGCUGGUUUUUUAAUUUGUUUCAAUGUUCCUAAUGGGUUUGUUUCAGAAGUGCCUCACUGUUCUCGUGACCAGGAGUAACCAGAACAGCAUUCUUCAUUUAUUUCUGUCGGGAAUUGCAGAGUUGGGUGGUGUAAAAGAGCUUUUCAGGAGUGAAUAUAGAACCCCAGCAUGUGUCCGUGAAGGAGGAAUCAGAAGUAAAAGGCAGUGUCAGCUCCCUUCUUUUUUCAGUCCCUGCACAAGGAACAACAGCUGCUUCCUGAGUGUGAAGGAAAACCUCAACUUCCUGUGGAUGGCCGUAGCCAAAAGGACACUGUAUCAAGCGGGUGUCUUUCAAUUCUGCUUGUACAAAAAGGAAUCAUUUUGCACAUGUUCUGUAUGAGCCUCACUGUCUCCAUAAAGCCAAGACCCUUCUGAUCUACAAGUGGAAUAGACUUCUGCAACAGAUCCCACACAUUGCUGAGAAGGAAGCAGAAGUUGCAAGAUAGGAGAUGCAGGUGGCAAUAUUGCAGAUGUUUCUUGAUGGAAAUGCAGACUCCCAGGCAGUCUUCUCUGCCAACCAAUCAGAGCUCAGGCAGUCAUCUCUGCCAAAUUGAGUUCAAGACAGUUAGCUGUGCCAAUGGCUCCAAGAGCAUGAAGCCAGCUCUGUCAAAAGGAGUUCAGGCAACCUGCCCAUUUCUAAGAGAGGUGGUGAUGGGCUUAUGUAGAUCUCUCCUUGUUCUUGCUAUUUAAUAUUUUCUUGAAAGCAUGUUCCAAUUUUUAUUUUUGGAUACUUUAUUUUAUUGUAUUUUAUUUUUUAAGGGAGAGGGAUGGAGUGUUUACAGAGUUUGUAAUCACCUGCCUUUUUGUUUUACACCUUCACAAAUAUUUAACAUUGAUUUAUUUUUAUUUUUGUUUUCCUCCACUGACAUUUGGUAGAAGCUAAUGAUAUUAGGAGUUUUGCCAAUCAUAAUGUAUACCAGACUUUGUAAUUUUAUUUGAAGUAAUGAAAAUUUCCUUUUUUGUUGUUGUUUUAUAAUUUAAAGAUAGUAGGCAAUGCACUUGAUAUAAUCUUGCACAUAUGAAUGAUUGAUUUGGAUUCUUUAUAGUACUAGGUAUAUUUGCAAUGUGUGAACGAAUGAGCAGGACUGGGUGAAUGAAUGAGCAAGUGAAUACACACCUGAAAGUGUGCAACUUGAUACAGUUCUCCAUUUCCUGGUUAUAACUGAAGGAGAGCUUUAUCUGGGGUGAUUUGAGUGCAAAAAUAAAUCACUGUCUCUGCUUUUGAAAGGGGAAUCAGUAACUCUUUGCAUUUUCUGUUCCACAAGAUAUGCAAAAACAAUGCAAUAAUAUUAAUUUUGAAUAAAAUGUGUGAAUUGUGCUGGCAUUAAAUCUGUAUAGAAAAACAAAACAAGGGGAUUAAAAACAAACAAAAACAACCAAGUGAGAAGGAGUUAUAUUUCAAUAUAUUCCGUGUGAUGUUUUAUUGCAUUGAUAAUGUUUCUGUUGAAGAAACCGUAAUACUUGAAUUCAGGUCAGUUUCAGUAUUUUUCAACUAUUUUUUUAAACUGAAUAGCAAUUGUGCCAAGCAAAUAUAAUGAAUUAAGUUUGUUUAAGGGAAAAAAAUAACAAUUCUUGUAUAUUUUGCUGCAUGUAAAGUAAAUCAUUUCGUAUUUGGAGUGUGCCAAGCUUUAUCUUUGAACUUUAAGUGCUUUUCUACAUGUGGUUGGGGGAAAGGGUAUACUAUUUUUUUUUCAUUUUUUAAUUUGUAUAAUGAACAAAGUGUACCUAGUGCUAAGUAAUUAUCCUGCAACCCACUGACAGGUUGAACAUUAACUGAUUUUGCAUAUCUUGUGUUCAUUUUCCUUAUUCUGCACUUUCUUAAACAUGCAUGAUAAUGAAUUGGGAAGACUAUCUUGCAUUUUGAAGCUAUGGAUUCUUAUCCAGCUUUCUUCUUUUGCAUAGUUUCUCUCAGUGAUUCUCCUAAUUUAAAAGGUGAAUAAUUCCAUAUGCUAGGAUAAUCAAAUAUAUCCAAUCCUGUAAACUGAGCUGGCAUCAGCAACCUGGGACGGGAAUAUCUUAUUUUUAUUAUAUGCCUCAAAUAUUACAGAGAUUAUUAUUAUGACAUCAAAUAAUGAUCAUUAGCAGUCGGUUGAAUAUUUUCUAUACAUUCACUAGGACAUAGUAUACCUUGAACCAAAUUUGUAUGUGUAGAGAAGCUUCAUUUGUGUACUUCAGAAGACUAGUUAAAUAUUUUUCAUGGUAAAAUAAAAGGGAAAGAAACAUAUUAAAGAAAAUAAGAAUGUAAGAGUUAUUGCAACACAUGGCCAAUAUAUAACAGGGAUAAGCUGCACAACUAUAAAAUGAAGAAUAACAUAAUAAUAGUAAUAUGCCAAGAAGUAUUUAGAGAUUAUGAUUAAAAGUCUGAUAUAGGUCAAAAAU